GCCUCCGGCGACCGGGUAGGGCUUCGGGGUCAAGGUUUCGUGAUGGCCGACAUCGCGUACAGCGCAUGCUGCGCCCGCGAGGCGGGGGCAUCACGCGUCGUCAACUGCGCCCACACUCGAUUGAACCCAGAAGCUUCUAUGUGUGAAUCAAACCGGGCAGACCAAUCCAAAAUCUCCACCGUGGAAGGCCCACCUGCUGCAAACGUCGGAAUCCACAGGGAUUCCGUGGAGACAAGUUCCGAUGAUAGGUUUGCAGCUCUGAGUAGCAUUGGGGGGGAGUAUAUCGGCGAGGAUAAGCUCCGCCUCCUUAUGAAGAAGAAGAUCGCACCCAUUUGUUAUGUUUGGUUUGAACCAUGUGACAUGAUGGACAUAGAGCAGGGUAUUAUGAAGACAAUCUAUGUCAACAAGAUCAUCCAAGCUGGCUGCACAGUUAAAAUAUUGAUGGCAGAUUGGUUUCUGCAGCAACAUGGCAAGAUUGGCAGUGACCUGGAUAAAAUACGGGACAUUGGCAACUACAAUAUUGAGAUGUGGAAAGCAACUGGCAUGAACCUUGACAGAGUAGAGCUUGUAUGGUUUUCAGAUGAAUUGAAUCGCCAUGCAGUCAAUUAUUGGCCACUUGCGGUUGAUGUCUCCAGAAAAUACAGCAUGGAAAAAAUGGCAAGUUAUUCGCGGAACAGGACAUACGGGUCACAAACAAUACCUGCUGCUGAGAUCUUCUACCCUUGCAUGCAGGUUGCUGCUAUAGUAUGCCAGAAGGCUGACAUAUGGCUCUUCAGCAUGGAUCAGCGAGACAUUGUCAUGCUAGCUAGGGAUUACGCUGAAGACAUAAAUAGGGAAACAAAACCAGCUAUCAUACUGCAUAAUAAGUUACCUCUUUUACCAGAAGACCCUGACAUGAACUUGCUGAGAUAUACAGCGCGGACUCUCUUCAUGGAUGAUGCGGUGGCAUCUUCUAAUCAUAAAAUAGAAAUGGCUUUCUGCCCACCUAAAGUAACAGAUUGCAACCAAUUUCUGGAGUACAUCAAAUAUGUUAUAUUCCCUUGGUUUGGAAAAUUCGAGGUAGUUGAGAAGAAAGGGAAUGGUAGUAACAAGACAUAUGCAAGCAUGGAAGAUCUUGUUUUUGACUAUGGAAGUGGCAAUCUCGAUUCUGAGGAUGUUAAGCUGGCUUUUGGAAAAGGAAUAAACAAUAUAUUAAAGCCUGUCCGUGUCCACUUCAUUAGCAACACUGAAGCCCAAAAUCUAUAUUUCGCCCGGAAGUUGAAGGAUCAAAUUGCUGCAGAUACGCUGAAGAUUUUUCUGCAGAACCAUGAGCUUGACAGUCCUUGGUAGAGUCCCAGAACAGCAGAACCGCAGCUGUUGGUAGUGUUGGGGUCAGCUGACCCCAACGAAUUUAGGCAAAGCCUUAGUGAAUUGCUGUUUAUAAAAGUUGCAAUUAAUCUUGAACAAGACAAGCCCACUGAAAAUUUUGGCUUGUUACGCCUCAGCAGAAGAGGAGGAAAUAUUAGAUUGCGGAGAAAUAAAGGCUUUAUGGUAACCCACCCCGUGAUAUGGAAGGAAUUGUUGGAUAGCGUGCUUUAUUGUCCCGUCGGAUGGUUCUCCUUUCCGUGUGUACAUUGUGCUGCGAUUGUCUAUAUAGUUAAGGCCGUGUGUCUAGGUUUCAUCUAUGGUCUAUUUUAGUUCUCUUUUGGUGCUGUUGGACAUCUGGAUUGUUGUAAUGGGUCUGGACGUGGGAACGAAAAUGCACGUUCUUCAGGGCUGUAAGCACAUACUGAAGCCCA